GGACAACCCUGGCAAUUUGUAUCCACUCCUGGCUUUACUGACUGCUGCCCCAGUAAUAAACAACCCAGAAGCUGAAUACAUCAAUAAGUAAAUACGGCUAUUUUAAGAGGUGACAUGAACCUUGAAGAGUAUUUUACUAGAACUGGCUAUAAAGGUUCCCUUGAAAAACAAGAUUUGGAAACCUUAACUGAUAUAUUCCAGCACCACAUCCGUGCUGUUCCCUUUGAAAACCUCAGCAUCCAUUGUGGGGAGAAAAUUACUUUGGAGUUGGAGCACGUUUAUAACAAAAUUGUGCGGAGGAAGCGGGGUGGCUGGUGCAUGGAAAACAACCAGCUGUUGGGCUGGGUCCUGAAACGCCUGGGGUACGACGCCAGCUUUCUGGGAGCGUAUGUGUUCAAUCCGCAUCAAAACGCAUACGCCACCAUCAUGACCCAUCUCCUUGUAAAGGUAGUUAUUGAUGGCAAAGCCUAUAUUGUUGACGGAGGGUUUGGUGUAUCCUAUCAGAUGUGGCAACCAAUGGAGCUUGUGUCGGGGAAAGACCAGCCCCAGGCUCCUGGCAUCUUUCGCUUCACAGAAAAAAAUGCCAUCUGGUACCUUGAGAAAAUGAGACGGAAACAAUAUAUCCCCAAUCAAAAUUUCUCUAAUUCUGAUCUUCUGGAGAAAAAAGAGUGUCGGAAAGUUUAUAUGUUCAGCCUUGAGCCACGGACAGUGGAAGAUUUCGGUUUCCAGUGCACAUACCUUCAGACAUCUCCAGAUUCCCUCUUUACAAAGAAGUCCAUCUGCACCCUCCAGACCACCGAUGGCUUUCGAGCGCUAAUUGGGUGGACACUCACUGAGACCACAUACAACUACAAGGAAAAUAUGGAUCUGGUAGAAUUUGUAACUCUUGAAGAUGAAGAGGUGGAAAAAACACUCAAAGAGAAAUUCAACAUAACCCUAGAUAGAAAACUUGUCCCAAUUAAUGUCAAAGGAUUUUACACCAUCUAGAUGACCAGAAAAACCUACAAUAAUGCUACGUAUGUACAGCACCAUCCACGGUCUGUGCAAUCACUACUGUAAGAUUAUGGGAUUCUUUUGCAGGUGAUUGAAGGAAAAAUACAUUAAUAUCAGAUUAAAGUGAAUUUCACUCUGGGAAAAAAUCAGGAAUUUAAGACUCUUCUGCCAGGUAGAUAAAAUUAUUUGCUGUGAGAUGACUGCAGUUCAAUUUUUGGCACAAAUGUAGGAUCUGAUUUGAAUUUGGCUGUAAACUUGGGUAAUAAAUAUGUCUGGGGAAUUUUGGAGUGCCUAUAGCACAUAAAUAGGAGUAUGGAUUAUUAAUUGUGAUAUGCUGCCAGCACAUUUUCUAUGGUUAUUAUACAGAGAAAAGUAAUCUGUGAGCAUUUAGACAAUGAAGUACACAUUUAAAACUUCAUUUUUCACAAGAUCUAACCACUUGCAGCUCAUCUCAUUUCUCUACCUUUAAUAUAAGUAAAACAAUGUCAUCUUUGAAAGGAGCAUUAGGAGGCAUAAUUCUUUCACUGUCAUCCUUAGACAAAACAUAGUACAGAAUGAAAAUUAUCAUCAUGUGCAUCCCUUUUGUCAUGGCUGCAGUAAAUUGCCCAAAGUAAUUUUUGGUAUGUGCGUAUUUUCUGGUGAUGUAAAUUGUAUAUAUUGCAGCAUUACUGUGGCUGAUGGGUUUUAAGAUACCUACAAGCCUUGCUGCUGAUAAGUAAUCGCCCUAUGAAGGGGAAUGGUGCUUAAACAUCACAACUGGCUUAGAUUGACUUCUAUCCCAAAAGGGGUAGUAAUUUUGUAUUUUUAGCAUUUCAAGUUUUUCAUAUAACAAAGGCAUAACAAUGAAGCUAGCUCCACUAUACCUGUAAUUUUUCUUGUGUAUAGCAAAUAUGGGAGUCCAUAUGGCUAUCCUGACUGAGUACCAAUUAACACAGAAGCUUCAGUGUCACAAAUGAGUUCAUUCAUCUGUAUCGAAGUGAAAAAAAAAUCAAGAAGCCAACCAAAUCUAAAGGUAUCCCUUUCUUUACAAUUGUUCCACAACCACAUUUCCUCGCUCUUUUUUCUUCCAAAAGGCCCCACAAGGAAGCCACUGAGAAAAGGGAAGCAUUCUCAAAUGCAUCAAAAAAAUAGCAGUAAUAAUAAAAAACACCCUUUCCCGUCAGUCUGUGAUAAUCCUGUGUGUUGGUCAAAUGUUGAUUCCUCCCACUGAUAGUAUAUCUUUUUGCUCAAAGGCAUCAUCUGAUCAUAAAUCUCACAAAUGCUGCAAGUGUAUACCUGAAAAUAAAUAAAGGAAUAUAAAAACAUGAAGAGUUGCUGUAUAUACAGCCUCUGCCCAAAACUGCAUGACUCCUGCACACACCAUUUGCAAAGUAAAUGAGGUCUGUUCGAUCGUGCUAUUGAUCUGCUGGUCAACCCUCCCCACCACAAACUUUUUGAACCAGAGGCCAAUACUGAACAAAUUUGACAGCAGUGUUGGAGAUGGUAAGUUCCUACAGAUUCCUGGAGAAAGAGCUUGUAGGCUGAAGAUGACAACAAUCACCGAAGAGAAGGCCCAGUCGUCACCUCCUCUGGUGGUCCCAGUCUCCUCUGGUGGCAGCUGGUGGCCUGGGCACACACGUACUUGCACAGGGACAGGGAACCAAGGACUGAGUAGGUGAUAGCAGACACAAAGAUCUUACUGAGGUGGGAACACAGUUUUUCUGUAAAUAACGGAACUAAAAGCUUUGUUCUCUAAUUUGUGCUCAUAUUAUUCUCUCAUAUGAAAGCCCCAUUAAGGGUUUUUACCCCUUUCUAAAUGAUUGAUGGAACUGAGGUGUUCCCCGAGACUCCAAGGAACAUUAUGAGCUUCACAAUACUCACCACCUCCAUUCCAGCUGACAGAAAUUCCCAUCUGCUUUCACUCAGGUCACCAAACCAUAUCUCUCUAUGCAAUGAAUAACAGUUGUUUUCCGGUGCUGCUGUCAUUUGCCUUGAGUUCAGUCAUUAACAGACUGGUUAUUUUGCCUCCAUACUUCUCUAGGGAUGUUCCUGUUGUUGCUCCCAGCUAGUUGCUCAGGUUAUGGUGUGCAAGGGUUUCAUGCAGAAUUCUUCUUGGGCAGAAGUCUGCAGGCUCAUACUGGUAUUUUUAACUGUGCCUGCAAUAAUGGGACUCCACCCAGAUACCCCCUGCUACUAUUCAGUUCUUAGUAAAGAUCUGUGGGGCUGCCAGUGUCUGAAGCUUCAACCCUCUCUCUGACUCCAUCUGUUGGUAACUGCUCCGAGUGGGAUUCUUCCUUUCAAUGUCACAAUUAUAACCAGGUCCUCACUGUGCAACAUCAGGUCACACGAAGAAAUGUCAACACAUACAGCUGUGCGGAAGAGUUUCACAGUUUAACUAAAGCUCCACAAAAGCUGAGGAAAGCAGGUUAUUGAGGUGUGAAUGGCGAAUCCAAAACGUCUCAAAGGUUUGAGAUGGGAAUAGUGUAAAAAUAAACAAAACCAAACCAACCCAGAGGACUCAUGCUGGGGUUCCAUUAGCAAGGCAUUAUUGUAUAAGGCAGAUGCUCUCCCAGACUCAAAGAAAAGAAACAAUCAAGACCUUAAAGCAUCAGCUCUCAGAGAAACCUGCAUUCACAUGCAGAAGGGAAACACAGGGCAUUUGACAUCCUUCACUACCACUAUGCUUUAUUAACACUCUCUAAGAAAGGUUUAAUGAGAGACUAAGCUAUUGUGCAGUUUUAGCUGUUGACUGUUUUUGAAAUGAAGCAGAACAAAUGCUUGUAACCCCCCCACUCAGGACUUGUCUAAUUCCAAAUACAAUUUAAAAGUAUGGUAUUCCAAUUAACAAAAAGAUGAGACAAUUUAUUUUUAAGUCUGAAUGCUGAAUAAAGUCCCAGAAUCCCAGCCCAGCUGCCCAUUACACACACACGCAAUGCCCAAUGGCAACAAGAGCCAUCCGCAAUUGAGGAAUUGUGUAAUUGAGCGGCUUAUUAGAAAACAAGAGACAUAACAGAAGAAACACAGUUCAAACUCCGUGGCACCACUGAACAUCCCCCUUCACCGCUCCCAAAGAGUCAAAGUUUAAUCAGCUCAUGCAUUACUAAAGGGAGGAUACAGGAUGGCUCACUUCAGUUGGACUUUGGUCCUGCACUUUUUACAAUCCAACACUAAGCAGAAUAAAAGUAACAAAACAAGAAACAUCAGCACCAAAGAUGAAGUUGUUCUAUACUUACAUGUUUCCAACAUCAGCAGUUAUUACAGAAAUAAACACUGUCAGCCUGUCAAAGUGGGGGACAAAACUUCACAUGACAAGAGACUUGCUUAAACUUAACACUGUGAGCUGUCAGCGAGCACGAACUACAACGUACACUUCGCUUUGUUCGCUUUAACAGGUACCUUAGUGUAACAGGCACAAACACUUGUGGUGUGAUAGCUCUUUACCAAUUAAAUUUUGCAAGCAGCCAUUUUCUCCAACAAAAAUUCUUACUACCUAUCCUAACUUGCUUUUGUUCUCAAAGAAACGCCUUUCCUUUAGAAACAUGACCACGUGUGAAAGUUCUACAGCCUAGGAAGCUGCACAUGAAAAUGCAUCUGCAUUUGAGACACUGUCAGAGCCAAGAAAGCUUGAAUUAAUGUAGGUUCGCAUUAUGAAUAUUUCACCGCUACACUUACAUCUCUGUCAAGAGUAGUUCAAGCACAGAUUUCAUACAGCAGAAUGUUUCUACCCUGGAUAGGAAGCUAGAGCCAGACUGAAAAUACAUACACAUAUAUAUUUAUAAGGUUGGAAAUACAGAUGGGCAUUUCAGAAAAUCCCAUCAUAAAAUGCCUGCUUGUAACUGAGCAAUUAAAGUACAUUUAAAUAAGUCACACAGGGCUGAUUUUUAGUUUUGUCUUGCUCAUAAUAACGCACUAUGAAGAGAUCGUACUAAAAAUUAGUAGCUGGUCUUACUGUAGCAUUUCAAUAGCUCACCUAGCCACCAGCUGAACGUGAACAGCAGAGCAACCAGAUUUGAAGACAAUAAACCAAAAUCUACCAUUUCUUCACAGCUGGCGUUGGGCAUGUUUAGGAAACAGAAGAACCACCCUUAUCCCCUCCCAACGUCCAAAAUAAUGGAUUUUCUAGGAAGCUGUUUAGAGUUCACUCACACUCUUACCCAUGUACCAUGCCACUCACAUUUCCAGCCAUCCCUCAGGAAACGACAUGAAAUUAAGUCCCAGUGUAUGGCAGAAUGCCCUUUAACUGUGCAAAAUCACCCCCCAUUGGGCUGAACAGAACUCCAAUUCAAGAGAGCUCUUGGCAUACAGCCUUGGCAAAAAAAGACUUAACACAGAGUUCAUCUGAGCCACUAAUUGUUAUAAAAAUUACCCAAAAUGUCCUUUGCAUGACACCACCAGAACCUUCUCCAAUCCACAAUCUUUCUGGAAAAGCAAUUGCAAUGACAUCUCCUGGUUUCUGGUGGUUCACUAGAACACACUUUCAACUAUCCAGCACAGCUAUGCAGAAAUUAUCUCUCCACUGAAGAAAUGUGGUCAGAUAGAGAGGAAUAAUUUUCCUAAUAAUAAGCAAGAAAGAAUAAUGGGAUAUAUUCUGAGUUUUUCUUGUGAUGACCAACAAUAAAUCAUUUCUUAGCUCAGGUCACAUCUUCCAUGGGAAGAAAAAUGUCUUGCCAUCAUUAACUUCUUUUCAGCUAGCAAUAAUAUAUGAUCAGGUUUUAAGUAAUUGAACCAGUAGCAUUUAAUUAGCUCUGAAAAACUAUUUCAGAUCAUGAAUCACAGACUUUCCGCCCGUAUGAGGUCCCCUUAUUAGGUUAAAAGUGUACUUCUCUUUCCAUGUGUGAUCCAUCUUGAAUAUCUAAUGAGGUGCUCUUGAUACAUGGAUUAUAAUUCACAUAUCACAAGCAAAAUAUGGCAGACACACAGUCUCUUUCUUUAUAUAACUGAGUUUCAUGUCUUGCUUCACUUUGUUAAAAAAAAGGACUCUCGUGUCCAUAACAGAAUAGCCGCUACUUGCUUCAAUUUAACGAAUUCCUCUUUCUCCAGAGAAUCAAUAUUAAGGAUAAGUAACUUAGAUGUCUAGCUGGGGAAAUGAAGUAAUAGAAAGAAGUAUUUCUCAUUGAAAGGCAGAAUAUAGAGAACUGCUGUAAUUUUAAGCAAGACCACGUUGACAUUUUUCAAUAGGCUCAGAACACUGACUGACCAAAGAGCAUGGUGUUUCCAUUCUAACAUUACUUCAGACAGCUUCAUUCCACACUAAACAGAGAAAGACAGUGCAGUCAACUACUAUCUGGGGACAUCUGUGGCCAGCAGAAAACAGGAUCACUUCUAUGAGAUUGUAUUAAGCAAAAUUUUUACAUUAAAUCAGCUAAACCACAAUCAUUAACCACAAAAAACCCCUCAGUUUUUAUUCAACUUUCAAAUAUGUUUCUGAAGCCAUUAUUAUGUUUUUAUGACAAGAUCUAGAUAAUUAUAAGAUUGGAUUUCUUUUUCUGAAAAAGAGUGAAGAUCGGCAAACAUAUUUUGGAAGACAGAAAUUAAGACUCACAAUCUGCUUAAAGUGUUAAACUGUAAGUGUUGCCCAAUAUUUAGCUUGCUCUAUUAAAAAAAAAAAAAAGAAAAAGUUUUACUACAAACCCCUCUUUUUAAAUAAGCUUU